AUGUCUGCAGAAUGUACUUCUUUUAUUAUCGAUGCUUCUGAGCGAAUGAUUCAGACGAAUAAAGUGAAACAAUUACUUCGAUACCUUGAAUAUACAUUACUAGAGAAAUGUGAGAAGGGUAGAAAGACAGAUUGGGUCGAUUGUUACCUAAAUAAUUAUAUAGAGACUGAAAACUCAAUGCAAUUGGAACAUAUCUAUGAAUUACAAAAGAUGGAAGCACCAUUGUUAGGUAGUCAAUGUGCAACGAUAUCCAAGAUAUUAAAUUCAUUACAACCUUCCGAUGGUGUCAGUACCGAAGAAUUUAAUACAAUUGAACAAUGUUUAUUAUUGUCUACUUUACAAAUCAAAGAAAAAUUCCACAAAAGGAAAAUGUUGAGACAAAUUAUGUGUUUUACGGAUGACAUGAAAUCUAUUACUUUAGAAGAUAAUGAAAUUGAUGAAAUGUUACAAGAAUAUACUGGUAGAUUCAUCCUAGUGGACUGUAGGUCUGAAGAUCAAAUAGUAAAAGAUGAUUCAUCUGGUGUCACCAAUUCAGAAAAUAGUUGGUAUAGACUAAUUGCAAAAUGUGAGGGGUCCAUUAUUAUAAAAUUAUCUGAAUUAGUCCAGUUAGUAGAUAUACCAACACCUCCAGUGGUGAAACCUAUCAGAGUCUUUUCAGGCCAAUUGAGACUCGGUGCUGAUUUAACUAACAUUGUAAAUGAUACCAAGGACAAUCAAGAUGCAAAUAUAUCCGAUUCAAGUUGUCUUUGUAUCAAUGUAGAAGGUUAUCCUGCCAUCAAAUCUAUUUCUGGGUUACAUAGAAAAUUAAUGACCAAAUAUGAUAAAAUUGAUGAUAAAAAUAGUAAUAAUCAUUACAGUAUACCAAAAAGCGUUAUUGAAUAUGAAAUAUAUCCAGAACCUGAAGUUGAACAAAAACCUACGGUAAUCAAAACUGAAAAUGAUGAUGACGAAGAAGGAAAGAAACCUAUAGGUGUACCUGUAUCAAAUAAAUCAGUGGCCAAGGCAUAUCGUUAUGGUUCAGAUUAUGUAGUAUUACCAAAAAUGAUUGCUGAUGAGCUGUAUUAUGAUUCAGAACCAGGUAUUGAUAUUCGUGGAUUUAUGGAUGAAAGACAAUUACCAAGAAGAUAUUUAAAUUCUGAAUCCGUUUUUAUUAUUGCCGAUACAAGAUUAGGAUCAAUAGGUGAUAUAGCAAGUUUUUCUGCACUUGUUGAUACUUUAUUAGAAAAUUCAAAAAUUGCCAUUUGUCGAUAUGUACAAAAAUCUGGAGCAGACGUUCAAAUGUGUGCAUUAAUUCCAUUAAAUGUUAGUACAACUAAUUUAAAAAGGGUUAGUACUAGUACUACAUUAGAUGAUAAUAAUACAGGUGUUAGAACUUUAAUAAUUAGUAGAUUACCAUUCUCAGAAGAUGAAAGAAUAACUACAUUAAAUGAAGAAUCAAAUAAAAAUGAUACAGAAAAUAACGAACAAAAAGAACAAGAACAAAAGAUUGAUAAUUUAAUGUCAAAUUUUAUUGAUUCAAUGAGUAUAGAUAACCAAAAUGAUAUACCUUCUGAAACUUAUUAUCAACAUUUUGAAGAAAUUCAAAAAUUUACGAAUUUGCCAUUACCUAAACAAAGUGUUCCACUUACAGAGGACCCUUUACAAAUGUAUGCAAUUACACCAUUUGGACAAAGACAAAUAUUAUUAGAUUAUUUUCAUAAAGUAAUCAUUGAGGGACAAGAUAACUCGGAGUUUACACCGCCGACACUUCCUGAAAGUAUUUUGCAGAAGAUCGAUCCGCUUCACAACGGACCGAGCGAAACUGUAUUAAAUGAUAUCGAACAAUUAAUAUCGAUGCUAGGUGUUAAAAAAAAUGAAAAACGAAGAAACGAUGGAACGUUAACGAAUCCAUCUGAUAAACAAGAAUUAGAAUACAAUAGAACAGAGGAGGCACCACCUUUAGAUGAGCUGUUAGAACUGGGUAGACGUGACUAA